AUGAGUGACAAGUCUGGGCCAUCCGGCCGCCUCCACGUUCAGCCGCACGGCGCGCACUUCGACAAGGUCGGGCAUGUGGUUGACGACCUCGAAGACGAACACGACUAUGAGGCCCUGCCCCUCGGCUAUGGGUGGGGCACCAACAUGCUGGCGGGUGCCAUGGCCGGCAUCAGCGAGCAUGCGGCCAUCUUCCCCGUCGACAGCAUCAAGACCCGCAUGCAGGUGCUGCAGCCGCUCCAGGAGAGCGUGCUGACGGCGCCGGCCGGCAGUAGCGGUGCUGCGGCGGCGCGGGCGCCUGUGACGACGUUUUCGCAGCACUUGCGCAGCGCACGCCUCGGCGAGGGUAUCAAGUCGCUUUGGCGCGGCGUCGGGUCCGUUGUGCUUGGCGCAGGUCCUGCUCACGCCGCCCAUUUUGGCAUGUACGAGUUUGUGCGUGAAAUCGCGGGCGGACACGGCGACGGAUGGCGGGGCGUCGCGGGGACGGCCGUCGCCGGCGCCAGUGCGACGAUCACGAGCGACGCGUUGAUGAACCCAUUUGACGUGAUCAAGCAGCGCAUGCAGAUCCAGAACUCACCACACCGCCGCGUCCUCGACUGCGCACGCACAGUGUACCGCAACGAAGGCUUGGCCGCCUUCUACGUUUCGUACCCCACAACGCUGACGAUGACGGUGCCCUUCACAGCGGUGCAGUUCAGCGCGUACGAGUGGCUCAAGAGCGUGCUAAACCCGUCCGGCGCCUAUUCGCCGAUCACACACGUCACGGCGGGCGGCAUCGCAGGCGGCCUGGCUGCCGCUGUCACCACUCCCCUCGAUGUUGCCAAGACGCUCUUACAGACGCGCGGCUCCAGCGACGACCCCCGGAUACGCAAUGCGCGCGGCAUGGGUGAGGCGCUGCGUAUCAUCGUGGAGCGUGACGGUUGGAAUGGUCUGCGCCGCGGCAUGCUGCCGCGCGUCUUGACGGUUGCACCGAGCACGGCAAUCUCGUGGCUCAGCUACGAGUUCUUCAAGGUCCUCAUCCGCCGCGGCGGGCACCUGCCAGAGACGGGCGUUGUCGCAUAA